AUGUCCUCUACCGUACUCUCUGACGUUGAAAGCGAGUCCGAUGCCGAGCAGCCGUUGAAACCGAAAAGCCUAUCGGAGCUUCAAAAAGCCGUAAAUCCGCAGAAAUCGUUUGAUGUCCUUGUUUCACUUGAUGAUCCAACAGCAUCGGAUCUCGAGAUUCACACAAAUUGCCUCUUGACGACGAGAAAAUUCACAAUCGGUCCAUCAAGUCCGUCAAAAUACGUGAAUCCAUUCGGUCUAAUGCCGAGAAAAGAAUUAACGAAUGUGCGAUUCUCGUCGGUGAAUAAAAGACGGGCACCGAUCAACCAGAUGAGUCUCGACGAGACGACGAUGGACAAUGGCAUUAUGAAUGGACACAGUUACCGAAGUCGAAAACGUCGAGCUGGCAUUUGCACUGGAGCUGCUGGCGCUUUCGCGAGCAAUGGUGGACCCGGGCAUAAUAGUGCUGGCUACGGCUCGGCUGGUCGACCGCAUUUGGGCGGCCGCUCACCCCAGUCCUCUUUUGAUUCGAACGGAGAUGUGGCACAGAUUUCAUUGAAUUGGAUGCGAGUGAACGGAGCGAUGGCGCCGUUUAAAGGGAUUUUACAGAACAACAACGUCAACAAGUCAUCCCAAUCGUCGCUGCAUUUGAAUCGAAACGAAUCCCUAAAUAAAAUGCAUCAAAACGCGAACAGUUUGGAGAGUCGCUGGAAGGACGAUGGUUUGGUUUUCGUCUAUAUAUCGAAAAAUCGAAAAAGAAUUCUCGAAAAG